CGAGUGCUAAUACCUAAACGUAUAGUUGCCGUUCACAGACUGCGUACAGACGGUACAGUAUAUUUCACGACCGAUAGCGUACUGCGUACAGUAUAAUUAUGCCAGGUUGAAUUGUUUGAAACACAUACCGUGUGCGUGUCCAGCUUCCAGGUAGCACAUGUGAACUGUGUUAAGUCAUUUAUGGCACCUUACGGCUUACGAAGUCUGAAUCAAUCAGAUGCGAAAUAGUAUCUCUGUAUCUGAGUGUAUCAUAGUAGAUCGUUGAGAAACUAAACGAUAAUGGCAUUCAUCGAAGGCAAUAUAGUUCGUAUCUACAUGAAGGAUUUCUUGACAUUUGAUGAGAUGGAGUUAUGCCCAAAGCCCCAUCUCAAUGUUAUUAUUGGUCCAAACGGCACUGGGAAAUCGACCAUCAUGUGUGGACUGGCUCUGGUGCUGAGUAACAAGACUACUGUUACAGGAAGAGGAAAGGAGGUCAGCGAGUAUGUCAAGCAUGGGAAAGAAAUGGCUGUCAUUGAAGUUGAAAUCUUCAGAGGACAGAGUCGCAAAGGUGGUAAUUUGGUGGUGCGCCGAGAGUUCAACAAAGCCAAUGCCAAUCAAUUCUACCUGCAGGGACAAAGUGUCUCCUUCAAAGAGGUGGACUCAAAUUUGAAGAAGCUAGGGAUCCAAGUGGACAACUUGUGCCAGUUCCUGCCUCAAGAUCGAGUUGUAGAGUUUGCCAAAAUGAACAGCAUGCAGCUCCUGGAGAACACAGAAAAAACUGUUGGUGGUCAGCAGCUAUACAAUCAACACAUGCAGCUGUGCUCGCGGGGGGGAGAUUUACAGCAGCUGCGUCAACGCCAGCAGCAAAUACGGGAGCAGCACCAGACAGAAGUCGAUAAGAAUCAAAGAGUUGAUGCCGAAGUACAAAACCACCAUAAGCGGGCACAACUUCAACGUGAAAUUGAAAAACUUCAACAACGGCGACUGUGGUUCCUGUAUACCAAACUCCGCGUCGAUCACAUUGAACGAAAGAAAAAUAGAGAUGCUUUAGUAGCUGAACUAAAAGCACUCAAAGAUCGCUGGCAGCCUGAUGUGGAUCGAAUAACAGCAGUCAAAAAUGAUUCCGAGGACAUGAAAAAGAAAAUAUUGAUUGAGGAGCGCGUGGUGUCAAAUAUUAGUUCAGAGGCAACAAGUCUUGAGAGCCGCUUGAAUGACUUCGUGGAGCAGCGGCAAGACGCCGUGCGUGAUUACGAAAACAAGGAAAAAGUCCACCACCAGCAGCAGCGGCAACUGCAGGACCUCCACAAGCAGCUUGCCACCAUCGAGUCACAGAUAGAAACUCUUGAUGAACAAGAGGGCAAGAUUGGUGUGAUGGACGAAGAGACUCUGACGCGCGCCAUCAACGAGCUCACGCUCGAAGGGCAGGGUUUGUCCAGACGCCUGGCGGGCGUGCAGGAAGAAGCUCUCGAGGUUCAGGACACGCGUCGCAACCACCUGGCCACCGCCCGCGACCUCAAGCAGCGUAUAGACAAUCUCAACGACACCUCCCAGCGGCGUCUUCAGCUCCUUCAACAACGUCACCGCGAUGCAUACCAGGCAGCAAUUUGGCUGCAGCAGAACACCAAUCGAUUCAAGGACGUUGUUUAUCCUCCUAUUUGUACUUUGCUCAACGUGCUGAGCCCUGAGUACGCGCAGUACGUCGAGGACAGAGUGCCAAGAGCAGAUCUCAUUGCCUUUGUGUGUCGCGAUAAAGACGACGUCAAUUUACUGAAGCGUUUCACGGACGAGAAAAGAUGGACCAUCAACAUAGUUCACUCUGGCAGUGACGACCUCAGCCAGUUCAGACCUGACAAGCCUGAGCAUUACAUCAAGAAUUUGGGGUUCGACACGUACCUGCUCCAGACAAUUGAAGGACCUGGUGCUGUGCUGCAUUACCUCUGCAAGACAUACAAGUUGCACAACAUUCCCGUUGCUCUGGGCGACAAAGUCAACGUUCAACGAGUUCUCAAAGAUUUCAUGUCGUUUUAUAUCGCCGAUUCCCGGUAUACCCAAAGUCGUUCGCGUUACUCCAACGACGUAAUGACGAACCUGAGUCAGGUGCAGAAGCCUAUGCUGCUCACGCAGAACCUGCAGCACGACAGGCUUAAUGCUCUCAACGAACAGCUCCGGCAACUCCAGCAGGAAAUAAAUUCGAAAGAGGAACGCUUGAAGUGUCUGCACGCCAGCGAGACGGAGCUUAGUCGCGCUAUUGAGGAGAAGCGACGCCAGAAGCAGCAAAUGCUUCAGCAGCGCAAUAACAGGAAGACGUUACUGGCGCGGCGGGACCAUAAGCAGGAACAAAUCAAUCGCACUGCUCAGGAUCAAGUUAACCUCGCUGAUGCCCUCGCACUUAAAGAACAUAAAAUGCAGUUAGCCUCGCGUGAUGCUUUGAAGGCGGCUGAAGGUUUGUGCGAACUGAGACAGCGACAUUGCUCUGCUAAGCAUAACUUGGUUAUCAUGCGCGCAUACUACAAGUAUCAAUGUGAUUCCGUCACCGAACUCACAAACGCCUUCCAGGAGAUGGAAGAAACUGUCGCUCUAAAGAAGCAAGAAGUAAACGAUGCUACGAUGCGAGUGAGGGAGUCAAUGAGAUCCGGCCAAGAUACGUUGGCUGAACUUUUGAGAUCCCUUGGGCUUGAAAAACCUACGGAAAUCGACGAAGAGGUACGCAGCCGUUUCAACGCUGGCAUCCAAGGCCUGGAAGCAACAGAAGAAGAGCUCAACAAGAUCGAGGCUCACAGAGACUGUCUUGUCACGGCUGAUUCUCAGGUGGUAGCUGAAUUCAAUCAACGGAAGAAAAACAUCGAGAAUUUAGCGCUUCAGCUGGAGAAAUUGACUACAGAGGAGCAACGAGGCACGUCAGACCUGAUGGCAAUGCGAGCAGAAUGGCUGAACAGCAUAAACAAACUCACCGAGACUAUCAGUGCCAGCUUCAGCCGCCUCAUGGCCAGGAUGAAGUGCGCUGGAGAAGUCAAGCUCAGCACUCCUGAUAAUGAAGACGAUCUCUCAAAGUACGGUUUGACAAUCUGGGUGCGCUUCCGCGGCAGCGAAAAGCUGCGGGAGCUGACAGCUAUGCAGCAGAGCGGUGGCGAGAGGGCCGUGUCCACAGCGCUGUACCUGCUAGCUCUCCAGACCAUGUCUACCGUGCCAUUCAGAUGUGCUGAUGAAAUUAAUCAGGGAAUGGAUGCCGAGAACGAACGACAGAUGAUCACCAUGCUUGUCGAGCACAUGACGGAUCUCAAUGCUUCACAAUAUUUCUUGGUCACUCCAAAGCUGCUGCCAAAUUUUCCCUACAACGAUCGGGUCAACGUCAUCUGCGUUAUCAACGGUCCUAAAGUUGCCUGCAAAAUACCUGUUGAGGCUGCCAUUAAAAGAAAAAAGAAGCUGAAUAGUAAAGGCAAAUAACCAUAGAUCUAGUGUACCCUUUUGGAACAAUGCCUUAAAGGAGUAUUUUUUUACAAAUACGUAACAAUAAGUGGAAACUACAGAAAUCAUUUUUUUUUCAGUAAAUAUUUUUCAGUAUUUUGUAUAUUAAAAAAAUUAUGUGCACAGCUGUGCCUAAGACUAUAAGUUAUCGCAACCUUGGUUAUUUCCGACUGGUUACUAUUCCGUAUUUCCGACCACUCUAACGUAGAAUACAUGUUUGGUAUUUAGUAUUAAUUGAUGUGGCAAUCCCAGCUGCUGAUGGCAACACUAGCACAAUCCUGUCAUUUCUGUCGAUUUUUUCUAUGUAGAUUAAGGAUUUGAUCGGAAGCGCCAGUAAUGGUUUUCAUUAGAUUGCAUUUCGCGUACAAGAGUAGAGAGGAAAUUUACGUAUUAGUAAAUUCCCUUCACAUCCGUUUCCGUUGUAAAUCCCCUGGUGUUAGCCUCAUUCCGUUCGAAUCACUUUUUUUACUGACAUCACGGCUACAUAGUUUGGAAAGGAUCAAGGAAAUUACUUUUUUAGUGUAUAAUAGUUCGGACACAAUAUAGGCGUUACGUUAUAUGCAUUUAAUUUCUUUAUGUUGAUUAAUUUUGCUACAAUCGAAAUACGUACUAAAAGUUUGAUUAGCAUUGCUGAUUCUCAUGUGGUCAAGUUCGUUGAAAUGCGACUACAUUUGUGCCCUGUCUCUCUAAGCCAAUUGACAAACGACGGAGGCAUCAGCUACUCCGACCGCAUCUCCGGCGCUGAAGUACAGGAACCUGUCUUUGUUGAGGUAAACGUACUGAGCCUCCGCGGACUCCAUCGGCUCCUGUGUGAUUUAAGCAGUACGUUAGCAAGGUCCUAAUCUGAUUCCCGUCACAAUCCCCGUAUGCUAAAUUUAGUUUUCUCUGAUUAUAUUGUCAACUUUAUCACCUGUAUAUCAUGGCUCUGAUUGUAAUGAAUAGUAGUUCGCCAAAUCGGUUGCUUUCUUACGCUGUUGACCCGAAACGCUUAGAAAACGAAAAAUUUUGUUAAGUACGUCGUUGUAGGCCUCUGAGUUGUGACUCUGAUCUGACCAAAUCUAGUUCGAUCAGUUUAAAGUUGAACAUUCUUAAGUUCUUCACUUCAAUUUAAAUUUCUCGCUGCUGGUAUUACUUUUUGACUAAGUCUGUUGAGAUUUUUGAUUUGUUAGAUUAGUUACCUGGGAAUAAUCACCAGUCGACGACCCGGAAUCGUACACGGCCCAAAAAGGACUUCCCAUAGCAAUGAAGGUUCCUGUUGUGUUCCAGACGUAAGACGAUUCCAACCCUGCUGGUUUUUGGCCUCCAAUCCAGAAAUUUUUGGUAUUCGAAGCUGAAAUAUCAGGAUUCAGUCAUUUGUGUUUACUCUUAUGAGGUAUUCGCUAUUGAAAGCGAGUUUAUUGUUUGAUAGAACUUAUAACAUCGAUAGUAAAGGAUUCAAUUGUU